AUGGCCGCGUUUCUACAAUGGAAAGGAGACUGGUCGCGAUUUGAGGGGAUAGACGUCAGUGAUCCUCAUAAGUACUCAGAGGCUAUCCUGAAAAGUCCGCAUCUAGAGGCUAUCCGGGAAGACUGGAGAAAGAAACUCGAUGCCCCAUUCUACGGCGUCACAAACGAUGGGAAAAGGAGAGAAGGCCUGUAUCAAAUUCGAGAUGAAGGCGCGCCAACGAAACAGAUGGUUGACGCGGCUCGUAGAGUGCUAGACUCGCUCAGUCCGUCCGAAAAAGCAGAUACAGUCUACGACGUGGAUUCGGAUACAUGCAGAAGAUGGAGUAAUCCAGAGUUUGUGUUGCAUCAAUGCGGUAUACGCCUCGAGGACCUCGAGACAACGAAAACAGAGGCCAUCAUAGGUCUCUUGGAGCAAUCUCUAAGCCCUAGUGGCUUUGCCAAGGUCCGAGGAGCAAUGAAAAUAAUGCUUGCAUUCAGUUUCACGUUAUUCGGUGAGCCCUCAGAAACAGAGCCCUGGGGUUACAUGUUGUUUGGCCAUCAUCUAUGCUUGAACGUUUUCGUCGCUCGCCAGCAAAUGGUGAUAGGACCAGUCUUUAUCGGCGCUGAGCCAAACAUCAUUGACGAAGGCCUCGACAAGGGCCUCACGCUGUGCGCCAACGAGGGCCAGCUGGGCCUACAGCUGAUGCAGUCUUUACCUCCGAUGCUGCAACAGAAAGCUCAAAUAUACCCUACGAUGAAAGAUCCUGCAAUGCCAGAAGGUCGAUGGAACCCAGCUGACCAGAGACACAUGGCUGGAGCCUUCCAAGACAAUCGCGUGAUUCCUUACGAAGGUGUCGUUGUCACCGACAUGUCCGAAGAGCAGCAAAUACUCAUCAUGGCUAUUGUGCAUGAGUUCUUGGCCCUAUGGCCUGCUGAGCCACUCCGUUACCGUUUGAAGCAGAUACUCAAGCACCUCACCGAAACGCAUUUUUGUUGGAUUGGCGGGUUCGGAGAAGAUGACCCUUUCUAUUACCGUAUUCAGAGUCCGGUGGCACUCUUUGAGUUUGACCACCACUCGGGGGUCUUCCUGACCAACAAAGAGCCCGCCAAGUAUCACAUCCACACGAUCCAGAGACUUCCGAAUGGCAAUGACUACGGGAGGGCACUGCGGGAACUGAUCCGACCUCGAUAG